GUUAUCCUGGGAAGAGUUAUUUCGAAGAAAAUAUUAAAUAUAACAUGCAGGACUUUCCUACCAUCAUUUUAACGGGAUUUUUAUUACAGCGAUACGGUGUUGAGGCUAUACUUGCAAGAACGGAGACUAGAGAAAUAAAAAAAGUAACUAUGUCUCUUGACGACCUAGCACUUGAAUAUGAAGAUGAUAAAAAUUCUAUGAUUGGAAAAGCUGAGAAUGAAAAUACCAACAUAUACGAAGAUUUUUAUGACGAACUAGAUAAUAGAAUCAGAAUAGACAAGUCGAUGAACAUUAUUUUCUUUGGGCCAUCCGAUUCGUUCUUGAGGCUUGAUCCUGAAACUAUUUUGCAUAUGUUGGUACAUACAAAAAAAGAUUUAAUUCCGAUAACAAGAGUAUUGUUGUCAUGGGAUGUAAUCACAGAUGGGCAAACUGCAGCUUUCUUACAAGGGAGAGAAUUGUUAGCAUUUGGAACACUUUUGAAUGUAGUCCCUGAAGAGGAUUUGUAUUAUUUGAACUUCGGAGAACCUUCAGUCCUAAGAUAUUUCUCAAAUAAUGCUAUACACUUACAUAGACGCAAGUAUGGAGUUUUAGUAGCAGCCUACCGACGCUAUUUUGGUAAUGAAUGGUACACCAAUAGCUCCCAAAUAAAUGAGCUUGGAUAUCUCAUCUGCGGAUUUCCAUCAAUUGAUUUGAUGAAAAUAACACCACAAACUUUUAGAGAAAUAAAUGUGGAUAUAAUGAGCAAAUUAACCAAUUGCAAUAUCAAUCAAACAAAGACACUAUACGAUAUAGCGACUCACCCAGAUGCCUAUGGAGAACCAUACAAGUGGUCAUCGCAUGAAAUAGGAAGAAUGAAUGCAUUAUUUACCUGUAUUCCAGAAGAAGAUAUCAGUUCUAUACAGCUUGAAGCCGUAUCCGCAAUAAGCUCACAAGUGAUGAAACUUAUAAAUCAAAAGAAAUUAGAAUAUUUUACCAAACAACAAAUAUUGAGAAUGAGUCCAAGUACGCGUCGAAUAUAUGUUUUAAGAAUGCAAUUAAGAAAUAGCCUUGAUAUGAGUCAAAUUACAAGGCGACAUGGUUUCAAAGAAAGUCCAAAUGGUCUCAUUUUGGGAACAAGUCUCGUUGUCACCCUAGUCACCUUUUCAAACCACUAA